AUGGAAGGCGAAGUGACGCACAAGCGAAAGAGAGCUUACCAAAAUGAGCUAUCCGAGAAAAACAGCCUGAACAAGAAAAUCGUAUUUUUUCAUAUGGUCUACCUGACGCUCCUUUUUAUGGCAUGCUUUGUAGGAGGAGUGCUGCUAGGAUUUUGGACCACCUCGUACACCCCCGAGAUAAGCAUACUUGAAGACGAUGCGAAUACGUUUCAAUUUCGGUACAUAAAUAAUAGGGUAAUAAUUGGGGCAAAACUGAACAUCAAAUUAAGCGUCACUAACAACACCACACUGACGUAUAGCCUUUCUGCGGAGAGCGUAAAGUAUUUUUACUACCCGGUGGGAGCGAAUCACGGCUGUCUCUUGUACAAUGGGGGCCUGGGGGAAAGCUCAGCUAACCAGACGCCCCUCUCGCGGAGGAGCGAAAUAAGCGUGCCGACGAACAAGGACGAGAGGACCUUCCCCACCAAGUUAUCCAUAAAAAUAAAAUACUCGUUGCUCACCCCCUCGAGCGUUAUCCACACUGUGCCUUUUCACCUGGGUUAUGAGCUGACGAAUGAGCAGAGGGCAGAAGUACAGCCAUUAUAUAACGACUGCAAGCGGUUCAAUCGGCUGUAUUUUUCCGUUAGACUUGACGAUCUGUACAUCUCGAACGAGUUUAGGAAGGUGCAAAACGAGAAAAAAUAUGAAUUGAUAUUUUCUUGCAAAUGUUCCAUUGAUGCAAAUGUGGAUGCCUUCUUCAAUUCUACGCCUAUUUACAAGGCGGCCAUUUUGGGCAACUUAGCCAAUGACCCGAGUUUACUGGGCUAG